AUCACCUCAUCUUAACAAACAAAACAACUCUUUCUGUCUUACUGUCUACCUACUACCCAUUACAUCGUACUACUAUGCAUCUACCUGUUAGGUAGGUAGUCGAACACGCAGGAAUUUGCACUCUUCUACUCAUUUCUAGUCCCAUCCCUGGUUUAUGCACCUGCAUUCGUUAUCCUCAUUGUUGGGUUCGUCAAUCCUAAACGACCUCAGCCUGAAUCGUUGACGUUUCGUUUUAGCCCUUGUUGGGGUCUCAUAACUAUACACAACCAAGAUAUGCCUUCAGUUACACCAUUCGAACUACCCAUGUUUGCGUCAAGCAAGAAGAGGAGGCGAGACGAUGACCACAGCGAUGCGCAGGUGUCAUUGUACGGCUUGCGAAAGCCUCUCCCCGCGCCCUAUUCUACUAACAGCGACCUCGGCCCCAGAACGGCACAAUACAACGACUCACAACACUUGGUCUCUGCCAUCAAUCACGAGCGCCUCCUAUACCCCCAUUCCGGGAAGGGCCCUGCCAAUUCCCUGUUCAACGCACCACGAAAAGUCAUACCUUUGCCUUCCAGCAGCAAGCGGCUUCGACUAGUCAGCGGGGACGAGGAGCAUCCACAAGAACCUAACCCGUCUCACGCCCACCCCGAACACUUCUCGACGUUGUCAGCCUUGCCACACCAUGCGCGAACGGGCACAAACACCAGAGCAGUUAAUCCAUCAGCGCUCCUCAACCCGUGCCAUAUCUGCCACCGGAAACCGACCAAGAAAUCCGAUCUCGACUCUUUUGCCGAUUGCAUGGGAUGCGGGCAACGGGCUUGUUUUGUAUGCAUACGAGCAUGCCAAGGCUGGGUACAACCCUUGUCAGACGAGGAUGAGAACACAUCCACAUCAUUCAUAAUGCAGGACGUCGAUGACGACAAUAACAACACCCACCCCGACCUGGAUCAUAAACAACGGAAUGGGGGAGGUCCGGACGGAAGUUGGAAUGGCCGCGGCCACCGUGAAAUGGUCUGCAGCCGGUGCUGCGUCGAGCGAGGAUCCGAGGGCGACGUUGUAUGUCUGGGGUGCUUGGCCGGUAUGGAAGGAGCAUAGAAUGUCUCGUUAUCUUCACCACAAACACUUCAUCAACAACCCCCCUAACGCCUGAUAAUCACCCCUACACGCCUUCUGACGCUACGCGCGAGAGCCUCCCUUCUUACCCCCUUAAUUAGUAAUUCGCGAAGAUAGAAGCAUCGCCGUCGACCCUCAUCUAGAUGGCACCGAUACCCCGGCCCGAGGGAGGAGAAUAAGAGGAGGAGGAAACCAUACUUUCGAAGCAUGAUGAUUUAGCAUCGCAUUGCAUCGCAUCGCCUGGCAUUGAGAACCCACACAUCGUCACUUUAAUCAACUUACUUGCAAGGCAUUAGAUACCAACCAACAUCGCUGCAAAACCGCAUAUAUUUUAUUCUACCAUUGUCGGAAAGGGGAAGGAGGGGAGGGGGGGGGUUCAUGGGCAUGAGCAGACAUACAGUUUUGUAUGCUUGUAUGUACCUCAUUAGGAGGCAAAAUGGGGAGGGAGGGCGUCGUUGCUUUGCUUUAAUGCUGUUGUUACAUACCCUAAAUACCGAGCGUACCUAUGUACUCAUCUCAUGGUAUAGGAACUUUGGGAUAUCUGUAGAUAGGAAUCAUUGGCAUUCACACACACAUUCACACACACACACACACACAAACUACAAUUAAAUAUACCAUAGUACCAAACAAGCAGCCUUGGUUGGGA